CAAGUGAGUAAUACGAGGCUAACAUGGCAGCUCAUUCAAACACAACACCGAUUUCAAUUUUGUUAUUCUAGUAGAUAAGUGAAAUUAUUGUAAAUUUUUACGAAGAUGGGCAAAGAAAAGGGUGGAUUUCUCACGCCAAAGGCUAUAGCAAACCGUAUCAAGUCAAAAGGUUUGCAAAAACUGCGAUGGUUUUGUCAGAUGUGUCAAAAGCAAUGCAGAGAUGAGAAUGGGUUCAAAUGCCAUUGCAUGUCAGAGUCUCACCAGCGACAGCUACUUCUAUUUGCAGACAACCCAGAUAAAUUUUUAGAUUCUUUUUCAAAAGAAUUUUUAGAUAGCUUUUUGCACCUUCUGAAAAGGCAGUGGGGUACAAAAAGAGUCCAUUGUAAUAUUGUCUAUCAGGAGUAUAUUGCUGACAAACUUCAUACACACAUGAACUCAACACAGUGGGAGACACUAACAGAAUUGGUGAAGUGGCUUGGGAGAGAAGGUCAUUGCGUUGUUGAUGAAACCCCAAAAGGCUGGUACAUCACAUACGUCGAUAGAGACCCAGAGGCAAUCAAGAGGCAAGAGUCUGCUGCCAAAAAAGAAAAGAUGGACAUGGAUGAUGAUGAACGGAUGGCGAAAUUUCUCGAAAAACAAAUCGAGAAAGCGAAGGAGAAAGAAACAGAAAAGCCAAAAAGCGAGUUUACAGAGCUUCAGAGGUUGAAUGAAGAAGAGAAAGUUUCCCUGAACUUUUCAAGGGCGACCUCUUCAGUGAGCAACGAGUCAACUGAAAAACAGGCAAUAGCUGCGGCUGGUGCAAAUCCCUUGAGUGACCUUGGCAAAGCAAAACCCCAAGUGUUCCCCUCAGCUUCCUCUUCUCCUUCUUCUUCCUCAAAAGCAAGUCGAAGUAAGCCAAGUCAAAAAAGAAAAUCUGCGCUAGAAGAAAUCGUCGAGGAACAGAAAGCAAAGACUUCUAAAAUAAAAAGGCAUGAAAACUGGAUUACAAAGGGAAUUAUUGUCAAGGUUAUCACGAAAAAGUUGGGAGAAAAAUAUUAUAAAAAGAAAGGAGAAAUAACGGCCGUUAAAGAUAAAUUUGUUGCUGUAGUUGAAAUGCUGGACAGUGGAGAUAAACUGAAGCUUGACCAGGCUCACAUAGAAACUGUCAUACCACAACCAGGGCGACUGCUGAGGAUUCUCAAUGGUGUAUAUCGCGGAGAGACUGCAACCAUGAUGUCACUAGAUGAAAGGCGCUUUUCAAUCACUGCAAGAAUAGAGAGUGGAAAAGACAAAGGUAAAAGUAUCGACGGAUUUUCAUACGAGGAUGUCUGCAAACUGGCAACAUGAGAAUUUAUUUUAGACGGGCAUGCAAUAAGGUACUGGAUUCAAAUUUCAUUGACUCUGGACCCUCGUCCUGGGAAAAAAUCGCUCGAGAGAACGUUUCUCCUGGUACUAUUGGUUGGGUUAGCUUUUUAGGCCAAGUAAUCUUUCAUGACUUUAUAAAAGGCGUUGUUUAAUAGGCCAAAAAUCUCAUAUCGCAAGAAGACAGCAUUUUCUUUGUAGAAAUUCCCCUAUUAUUGUAAUAAAGUCGACACACUGUUUGGUUUUAGGGAAUUUUCAUAUGCAGAUAUCUCUUUUGAGUUUUUUGAGGGCCUGAUUUACCUUUUCUUAAACAGGCAAAACUCGUCCAGUUGCGGCAAAACUCUAUACCAUCCGCAAAAGCCUGAUUUGUUUUAGAAGGAAUUGCUAAUUUAUGUAAUAGACUAACUUUAGUAAUGUUUGGGUACCUGUCUGUAGCGUCAUGAAAAAUUGAUAGUGUUGCUUAUAAAACUUCAAAAUACCUACAAAGCAUUUAAGCUAUCUAAAUGUUUGUGUCUGGUUCUUAUUUGAAUUAAGCUGUCCGAAUCUCGUUAAUUUCAACAAGUUUGGAUGAACAAAUCCUCAUAUGUUCUGCCUCGUAAAGGAUCUACCUCCUUGAGCCCCCUACCUCCUGAGGUCCUCCCUGGUAACCGCUAAAACUCACAAGCCCCCCAACUUCACUUCCCUAUCCCCUUCAGUACUCCAGGCUCUUGUACCAUUAACUCUUCUGAGCCCACAAGCUUGCCCCCUGCCUCUUGCCUCUUCACUCAUGCCCCCCCCCUAUCGAUGAAUAUUAGCUCAUUUUGGUGUACAAGCCAAAUGGAAAUGUCGCAUUUUGUUGGUUAAAAAUCAUAUCUGAAUACAGAAUCAUAUCUGUGAUGGUUUAAUUGAAGUUCGCAGACAUAUUUAUAAGCAGGUUUUGAGAUUCAAAAGAAUCUUUAGAGUGCCUCUUUUUUGAAGACAGUAUUUUUUAAUACUACACUUAAGGUAAAUUGAACAGUGGAAAUUGAUCAGCGGCUCUACUUGCAACACCAAACCAACAUAAUAUGAUUUAUCUUUUUUGAAACGUUCAUCCUUUAAUGUAAUAGGUACCUUCUCCGAUGUAAAUAGUUUUCCAUUUAGCUGAAAAUUUAGCAACGAAUUAGAAUCUUGGCUGGAAGUUGGGCCCGAAUGAUCCGCUUUUGAUUCCAAACCGAGGUUGUUGACUAGGCGACCCUGUAACUCUGGAAAAACUUUGUUUGUUGUCCGAUUGCCCUUAGACUCUAGUAAUAGCUAACACGUGAUAACAGCUAAUUGCGGGGGCCAUCGCUUCCCUCAUUCCUUAAGCACUACCCCCAGAUAAUUAAAAAGCCACUCCUACUUUUGGCACGUAUUGCAGUUAAAUGCAUUUCAAUUUUUAGAUUUUUUAUUUAGAUUUAGAUACACUUC